AGGGUGGUUAAAAAACCGAUUAUAACACUCAACAUGGACGAGUUUACACUCAAGACUCUACCGGUCACUCAGUUGAAUGAGAAGUAUUGUCUGGAGAUCCAAGCGGAAGGGAAUGUCGUACAGAUUUCUGCCGAUACCCAGGAGAUAAUGGACUCUUGGAAGCAUCAGCUGGUCGUAUAA